GUGUCCGGUGAAACAGUAGGUAACCCGAGAUUGGAGGAGGCAAGCAUGACAACACAAAAACCAACAUGAAUCUUUGCAAACAUGAAAUGAAACUAACUACCUAAAUUAAUGCUAAGGAAGAAUGCACGUUCAUGACUCAUGAAUGUUUUGCAUUUGCAUGUUGCAGUCGUCACCGAUUCUCCAAAUUCAUCUUUUUUUCUCUUCCAUUUCAGAAGCGCACCACACAGAGAGCUUUCUGAACGCGUCGUGGCUAUCGUGCGGCCAAUUCCGUUUCCCAGUUUCUAGGAUUCGCUGGCGAAGAAGACUUCAUCACCCCAAUUCGAUUAAAUGCCAUUUUCUAAACAACAAGAACCCAUGUUGUUGUUUUUGCUGCUCUUUCUGCUUUGAACGUCUCAAAUGCAACCUCUGAAACUUUUUCGAGUUAUAAUCUCAUUGGUCCCAUCGGCAUUCCCACCUUUUGUUUUUUUGAAUUUUCUUGCCAUUUCUGAGUAUCAUCAACUUCAGAUUUAAUAGAGAAUCAGAAAUGGCUAACGAAUCCUCUUCAAAUGGGACGCCUAUGUCGGAUUCUGUUACGGCUUCAGCUCCGUCACAGUCCUCGUCGCAGCAGUCAUCGGACGACGCAGAGUCUCCGCCACCCUCGGAACCGCCGCCGCUACAGUCUUCACCGUCAUCGCCUUUACCAUCGCCGUCGAUAUCACCACCACCACCACCCCCAGAAAUGUCUUCUCCUCCACCUACCGUAUCUCCGCCGGAAUAUUCUCCUCCGCCGGCACCGGAGAAUUCCCCUCCCCCAUCAACUCCGGUUGAUUCAUCGCCACCACCAACUCCUUCUACUUCUCCACCACCAACCGCUUCUACUUCUCCACCACCAACCCCUUCUACUUCUCCACCCCCUUCUACUUCUCCACCCCCGUCUACUUCUCCACCACCAACCUCUUCUACUUCUCCACCACCUACCCCUUCUCCGUCGCCACCUCCGCCUGAUCAAUCUUCUCCCCCGCCAACACGUUCUCCGCCUCCUCCGUCACCAAGACGUUCAGCUCCACCACCAUCUCUCACACCGCCGCCACGUUCCCAACCGUCACCAUCACCGCCACCAUCACCAUCACCGCCACCUCCACAACCGUCAAAAUCACCGCCACCUCCACCCCCACAAAAUUCACCUUCAUCACCGCAACCUUACGUUGCUCCUCCACAGUUCCUUUCGCCUCCAACUCCAACCGCAACUCCACCUUCAUCGGCUUUUCGUAUUACCUUGGGUAGGGCGGAUCUGCAGACACCUGCAGCGUCAGCUCCCCCUUCACAACUGCGACCAUCACCACCAGAAUUACCACCGCGAAUAUUACCAACAUUACCUCCGAUUUUCCAUUUGUCUGCUCCCCCGAAGAGCAGCCUUACGCCGCCGCCGGCGGUGACUCCAAGCCCCUCCGGCAAUAAUACUACAGGACAAAUUGUUGGUCUUACUCUAGCCGGGGUUUUCGUCAUCGCCUUUAUUGUUCUGGUUAUUUUCUUUUUAUUAAGGAAUAAGCGAGAGAACAACCAUGUCGUGCCCUCCCCUGGAACAUCUAAUUUAAGAGGAGCAGGUACAUCAGGAGAUGUGCUUUACUAUGUAGAGGAGCCUGGUUUUGGGAGUGGAGCACAACAAGGUGGCAUGCAUAUAAGAACUCCUUCAGAUCCUGCGUUUAGCGGUGGCCAGUUAGUUUUUACCUACGAAAAGAUUGCGGAGAUCACUAACGGGUUUUCCCGCGAAAACAUAAUAGGGGAGGGGGGAUUUGGGUAUGUUUACAAGGCUUCCAUGCCUGAUGGUAGAGUGGGGGCACUUAAGACGUUGAAGGCUGGUAGUGGCCAAGGAGAAAGGGAGUUCAGGGCUGAGGUUGACACUAUCAGCAGAAUCCAUCAUCGACAUUUGGUUUCACUUAUUGGUUAUUGCAUAGCAGAACAGCAAAGAGCGCUUAUCUAUGAGUUCGUUCCUAAUGGGAAUCUCAAUCAGCACUUGCAGGGAACUGAAUUUCCAGUUUUGGAUUGGUCCAAGAGGAUGAAGAUAGCAAUUGGUGCUGCAAGGGGCCUGACAUAUCUUCAUGAUGGAUGCAACCCAAAGAUUAUUCACAGAGAUAUUAAAUCGGCAAACAUUCUUUUGGAUAAUGCUUACGAGGCACAGGUUGCAGACUUUGGACUUGCAAAGCUAACAGAUGAUACUAAUACUCAUGUAUCAACUAGGGUGAUGGGGACCUUUGGGUACAUGGCUCCAGAGUAUGCAACAAGUGGAAAAUUAACGGAUAGAUCAGAUGUUUUCUCUUUUGGAGUUGUCCUCCUUGAGCUUAUAAGUGGAAGGAAACCUGUUGAUCCAACGCAGCCCUUGGGAGAGGAGAGUUUGGUUGAGUGGGCUCGUCCACUUCUCCUUCGUACACUUGAGACAGGAGAAUUUGGUGAACUAGUAGACCCUAAGCUUCAACAACAAUACAUUGAAAAAGAAAUGUUGAAAAUGACUGAGGCAGCAGCAGCAUGUGUUCGCCAUUCUGCUCAAAAGCGACCUCGUAUGGUUCAGGUGCUAAGAUCCUUAGACAACGGUGAUCAACUAUAUGAUCUUUCAAAUGGGGUGAAAUAUGGUCAGAGCACUGUUUAUCAUUCUGGUCAGUAUAAUGAAGACAUUGCAAGAUUCAGAAAGAUGGUUAAUGGAAGCUUUGAUGAUUCCGAUUUUGAUAAUCUCAGCUCGGAAUUCCGUUCAACUGCUUCAAAAGAAAUGGUUGAACACAACUCUGCAAGGAUGUCACCUAGUGCAUCAAAUAGUGAUUCAGAAUUUAAAGAUCUCCACCACCAAAGGAGCCAUACCCAGAACAUGUCUUAAGGGACCACAUACUAUGAGCAUAGGCAUAGUGGAGUUCAGAGGCUGCUGGUUUUAAUCAAACUAAUUUUGCCAAACUUCUUCUCUUGAAACCAAAAAUAAUUUCACAAAAUCCCUCUUCGUUAUGCCGGCAUCAUCUUCCAGAGGAAUCAGGCAAAUUUUUCGCUUACAAAGAUGGGAAUCAUGACCUUCCAAACUUCCCAAUCCUUACCACCUUGAAAGUUGGGAAGAAUAUAGAGAUUGUAUUCGUUUGCCUUGUGCCAACCAAAAACAUUCUUUCUUUUGUACAUCGUCAGUUUUGUUGUUUUCUUUCUCCCAUUCUUUUUUUUCCUAUAGCGAGGGAGAUUGAAAGCUUGUAAAGUAUAAGUUUGUGGAGUUUACUUUUUAAUAUCUAUUGUUGUAGAUAUCUAUUAGGAAGAAUGAGUUUCUCACUGCAUUUAUGUUUUACGGCAGUGACCAGUGAACUGUUGUGAGUUGUGAAUAUGGAGCAAUUCUGAGAGAUAGUUCAAGUCAAGGUGUACCUACCAUUCAUGCUUGUAGUCCAUUUUUUUUUCUCUCGAAGUUGUGAAUUUGUAGAAAGCAAAUGAUGUUUCAAUGUUACAGAA